AUGCAGGACAGCAGCGACGCGGCUUCGAUCGCCACUCUCCGUAACAUAGCGGAGAUAGUCAGUGAUGAUCCCAUUGCUGAAGGCGGAGUACUGCCCGCUGACGUCACCCGAACCGAACUUCAACCUUCUGCGAGCUCUGCGAGGGCUCCCCGUCCUGCCCCGUUUCUUCCUGAGUUGCAGCCUCGUCAUACCGCCGAGGUAAAGGGCCCUGCUUAA